GAUUUUUUUCUUUCUACUUUUUCCGCUCUGCAAUACCGACAAUUUAUAAAAAAUGCUGGGAACAACAAAAAUGACAAAAUUCUCCAUAAAAUUCACCAGACUUUAUGGCUCUGUGUCUAAUUUUUUUUCAACCGAGUAUUUGUAUACAGAUAAGAAAAAAUUUCAUAAACAAGUAAUCUUACAAACCAUUAUGGAUGAAAAAACAAAACUUCUGUUUAAUACAAAUAAUUAUGUAGUUUUAAAAACUUUUGAUAACUGUCCAAUAUUCGAUCCUGAUGGUUUGAUUCAGUUAUUAAAUAAAAGAACUCACGAAGUUACAAGUGUUGAAUUGGAUAAUAAUAUAGUUAAAACAUUCAAUCUUGCUGUGUACAUGAGUGAUGAGAAUGAUAAUAAUAAUGACAAAGCUAGUGUUCCAAAUAAAAAUAUUGAAAAUUAUCAAGGAGACGAGUACAUUGAUGAAGAGUACCUGGAUGAAGAAUUUUUGAAAGAACAAGAUGAAUCUGAUAGUACGGAGGUGUUUACAGAUGUCAAUAAUCAACCAUCAACUUCGAGUGGACAGCUGUAUCACAAAAAAAAGCCUCAAGCUAAAUGGAAUAAUUCUGCUGACUUAGCACUUCUUGCUUUGUUUAAAGACAACAAAAAAGAUUACUUUGGAACAUCAAUUCGUAAAAAAGCUGUUUAA